CUGCACUUGCCUGGACUGUUAACACAAGACAGGUUGGGUCCAUGGAUUUAUGCUGUUGGUGCCAAAUUCUGAGCCUGCCAUCUGUGUGCCUCACCAGAAAUUGAGAUUCAUCAGAUAGGUCUUCAACUGCCCAGUUUUCAUAAGCCUAUCCCCACUGCAGCCUCAGCUUUCUGUUCUUUGCUGACAGACGUGGAACCCAAUUGUUGGUUAGAUUUUAAUGAGUUUAAAACUUUUUAAAAAGUUGAUAAGUUUUUUUAGUUUGUCUGGGAGAACCAUUUAUAGGCUUGUGCAAUAGUAAUAGCUCUACACAGGACCAACCAUUAAGGGUUCUCCCAGACAAGCAAAAUUUUUAAAUGUUUUAAACUCAUUAAAAUUUUUAACCUUAUUUUUAAUCUUACCAAUGGUUAACAGUUUUCCCUAAGAAUGUACAUGCAAAUGAACAGUGCCUGCUUUUCACUUGUGGCUCCACAAUGUAAUUGUGGUAGUUCAGUGGUUAAGAUGUUGGAUUACUGGUCAGAAAUUUGUGAGUUCAAAUCCCAGAGUGGGCAAGCUGCCUUUGCUUUGACCUUCAGCAAGGCCUUUUACCCUCAACUGCUCACUUGUAUAAAUAUAAGUCUCUCUGGUUAAGGGCAUCUGCCAAAUGCCAUAAAUGAAUCGCUAGCCUGCAGCAUUCUCCAUUUUUGUGUGCAUGUAACUAUAGCUGGGUGUGUAUAAAGAUGCCACUUAUUUUUUCUAUUAGGUUACUUUUGAGGUGAUGAAUGAAUUAAGUAAUUCAUUCAUAUUAUUACUGUAAGUUAGCCUUCUUCAACUUCUUAUUCUUGAACUAACAGGACUGUACCAUUUGUAGUUUGACUGACUGCUUUCCCUUUGAUGUAGUUUGUGACCACUUGCACUUGUUCCAAUGCUUGUGGCUGUAUUUGUUUUCCUGCAAUUAUCCCACCCUUGUUUAUUUUCAGUUCACUUGUAUUAUUCUCAAAUACGUUAGUAAGUAAACGUUGGUUUAUAUUCUGCCUUAUUUUAUAGCAAUUUCGAUAAAAAAAAAAGUAAAAUAAGUGCAAAUGAGAGAAGGAAUACAUAAAUUAUGCAUGGUGUGUGUGUGUGUGUGUGUUUUAAUGGAACAUGUGUAUAUAAGAUUCUAAACUCCAUGAUUCUUGCUGUAUUCCAAUAUGUAAAAGUUGUAUGCCAAGAUGUAAAAGUUACCACAAAACAUUGAUGGCUAAAUUUAAAGUAAAUCAUUGGGUCACCAUGAGAAUCAGUGUUGCCAUAGUAACUCUGCUGCCUAUUUGCACAACAGUACCACAGCACAGUCAGUGGGAAAGGAAAAUUCUAUCAUCAACAGAAAUUCCUGUAGCACACAUUGACCCUGGUUCCAUUGACCUGACUCCAUUAAUAAACACACUCCUAAAUGCUUCACACACAGGCUCUGAGCACUUGUUCUCUGUUCUGAGUGUAACAUCACACAGCUCUCUUGCACUGCACAAAAUCACCCUGCUGAUCUACAACAUCUCUAGUUUUCAGGACAUUGAGACCAAUAUGUUUCCCCUGAGAUACUGCUACUGUGUGACAAACAAAACCAAUGACCUCACAGAUUUUACAGCCAUACUGCUGGAUGUGAUGGGGAACUCAACUAGCUACCUGCAGGAGCUGUUUAAAUCUAGCUCUAUUCUCUCAGUAAACCAGAUGAGGAGCUCAGACUGUAUCUACAUCUGUGUAAUGGCUGGAAAAACAGACAGAGAUCAGACAGAGCUGUGGGAUUCUGUUCCUCCACUGUUCAACCAGACCUUUAUAGAGCACACACACACAGCUACCACCACUGCAACUACAACUUAUGCCACUUUGACUGUGCCAACCAGUGGUCACAUGACAGCUGUACCUACUGCUGUGUCAAUGACAGCUGGGUUGAAUACUACUAGUACUACACUCACAACAGUUCCCAUGAGAGCAGUGCCUGUUAGUGUUCUCAUCCCAACAUCAGACACUGUUCCAACAUCAACUCAAACAUCACCAGCCAGAAGCACUGCAGUUCCAUCUGAAUCACCAGCCACAACUACCACACACCCCACUGCUUCCAUGACAACCACAUCUUCAACGGUACCAACGAUGGCUUAUCCAGCAACAGAAACAUCAACAAUUCCUAUGAAACCUGAUGCAGCAAAAACCAGUCCAUCUACCAACAGAACUCCUCACAUAGCAGGUUGCCCAUGGCGAUCUGAGCUUAUUUAUAGAGGAAGUCAGAGAGGGGACCAGAAAGAAACUCUGGAUGAGGAUCUGAGUGUGAACAGUCCAACAAUCAGCACAAUAAAGCUGCAGCCAUGUGUGUUUGAGCUGUGCAAGUUUUUCUCCCAGUGCCUUUGCAGAGGUUUCAGUCAGAAAACUACUCUUCAGAGGUACUGCAUAGACAGUCAUUUUUGGUAUGAAAAGCACACCGUGGAAAUCUGCAAUCGUGUGAAAAGAGUCACUUUCUCCAAGAGUCUGAAGCAGAAGUGCCUGGCAAAGAUGUGCGUUAAAAUGUGAGAAGUGUAUGAUGUCCCUGCAUUACUGUUACCGAGCAACGGACCAAAUCAUGAACCCUUUCACCUCUGAAAGGAAAAGAAAAUGGGGGGUGAGAGAGAGAGAGAGAGAGAGAGAGAGAGAGAGAGAGAGAGAGAGAGAGAGAGAGAGAGAGAGCAGACAGUGUGCAAAACUCUUUCUUUACAGGACUACAUAUUGGUAUCUGUAUAUUACCAUUAAAUUCACCACUGCAGUUCUACAGUUAUACUGCUUUUAUAAGUCGUUUAUUGCCCACUAUAUUCGUUAAAUAAAUGUGUGUGUGUUCAUUAAAGCAGAAAUUUCGAUUCAGCUUUUCUGAGUAGCUAUCUAGCCAACUUUGAUAACUGAUUAUUAUAAUAUUUUUUGUUUGCCUAGACUGAAUAUCCAGUUGGUUUGGAUUUGACCAUACAAUUGAUAGUAAGUCAUUGCCAGCCAAAGAUCACAGAAUGGAAUAACCUAUUUAAAAUAGCAGGCUUGCAAACAUUAGCUAGUUAGGCUAACUUUUCUCUUGUCAGAUCUGCUGUAUAACUUUAGUCAGAUUUAAACUUGUUGUACCUGGUUUGCUAAUAUUAUUGAAUCUGUUUUAUCAAAACAACAGUUAUAUAUUUAACUGUGGUUCUAUGAAUCCCAGAUGAUCAUCUGGGUACGAGACCCCCUUGUAUGCCAAAAUGCCAAAAACCUUCCAACACAGUCACAAAUUGUCAAAGUUCUGUGUAUGCCAAAAUGGCUAAAAUCUUCCAACAGUCACAAAUUUUCAUGGCUCUGAAAAACAAAGAGCCCUGGUGGUUGUAGCUGACAGAACAAAGUUUACAUAUGGAAGUAGCAUCUAACCACCAAGGGCAGUAGUGCACAUCUCCACGAGUGGCACAUCUUUAAGUAAUGCCCAUGAGGUGAUGCUCCUUGAAGAGUGGCAUGCAAUGGUAGGGGGCUGGUCAGUGAGGAUGCCUGAGAUGAUAUGAGGAAGAACCAUUGAGUGAUACCAUACUUAAAAGGGAGCCCAUCCUCUUCUAGGUGUCACCUAGAAGAUUAGGUGGGAUUAUAAAUCAUUACCUUCCACAACUGCAUACUGUAAAGCCAACAGUGUAAAGAAUAUAAAACCAUAGUGUCAUGGCUAGUUUAGACCCUGUCAAUACAGUCAGUCCAGACCCAUAUUUGAAAGUUUUGGAAGAGACCAUAAUAGAAUGAGGUUGUUCAAGUGCUAGGUCAUUAUAUGGAAUGACCAUCAUUGGACUAAAGAAAGGUUGUGUUUAAGGACAUGUUCCUCCAAAUUGAAACAAUAUCUGUCAUUAGUGCAAUAACUUUGCUUUCUUGAAUUUAGAUUAUUCCACUAGCAAUCUUUAAAAGGGGCAGUGUUUGGGUCAGAUUCCCCUUGAAUCAGGAUCUAAAUCUGCCAGCUGAGUACACCAAACCUGCAUCAGCAUCUCCAUGCAGUUAGUGCAGGGGAUUUCUGGGCCAAUCUUAGAAUUAAUGCAGGGGUACUAAGCUCAGGCACUGCUAAGGCAUGAGCUCGAGUGUUGCACAGUUUGGUUAACCACUCAGUGUAUCAUAAAAGAAUGAGUGGUUCAUUAAAAAAUCAACUCCAGCCCCAGAGAUGCAUAUUAACAGUAUGUAACCACAUAGUCAUUUGGAUUGCAGAAGAUGUAGUAUAUUGUGAUAAGAUAGCAUCAAGGGAGUACCUGAUAAGAUGGUGGGAAAGAGGGAUGAAGAGAAGGAAAUCUUUGAGGGACUCCUGCCUCAGUAGUGCAUUUUAAGUAUCUUAGUUUAAAAAAUAUUUAUGCGGAACGCUCACCCAUUCAGUGGAUUAUUUCAUUCGGAUACUAUUUAAAGCUAAAAAACAAAACUUUUCUGUAAACAUAAAAGACUAUCAAACUCAUAAUGAACAUAAUUUUAACACAAUCAAUAUUAUAUUGUGGAAGAGUAAUGACUUAAAAUCACACUAUCAAGUGUCACAAAGAGGAUUCCCUUUUGGGUCUAGUACCUCUCAAGAUUUGUUCUUCAAGUCAUCUCCCUGCCUUGCUCAUUAGGGAUCUUGCUCAUUAAGGAAUAUGCUAACUUAGCUGCAUGAUUCUAUUCAUCACCUUGCUCUGGUGCUCAAUGUUUUCUGGAGCCCACAAGGAAGAAUGUAAGCUCUUUCACUAUUUCACUAUACUUCAUGGAUGAGCUCUUAUGUGUAUUUAAGUUCAUGUAGAAGCUGCAACUUGAUAAAAAAAAAAAAAAAAAAAAAAAAUUUAAGUAAAAAAGAGGCAUAUUGACCGGCAGAAACCCAUGGAUUGAGAUUGCUUCCUCCAGUAAAGAGACUAUUCAGCUGAUUAAUAGUAAAGCUGAUAAAGUUUUGCACAUAAAGCCAUGCUGCAUACAACCCAAAUAUACAGUAGAAGACCUGAUAUGUUGGUUUGUAAAGCAUAUGAUACAAUGGAGAGUGUAAGAUUUUUCACCAAUCCAGUGGUACACACAGUGGCUCUUAAUAGCUAAACAACUGCAGCAAGAAAUGCAGUGGACACAGAGAUCUUACAAAUAAUAUUUGAAGCUAUAGCAGUCAUGGCCUUGACUGUGGCAUGACUCCUACACCUCACUCCAAUUCGAGGUGUGGCAAAUCACUGUCUAUUAAGACAGUUGAGAUGAGUUUGGUUGGCUCACAUGCCAUUGUUUAAACCUGCUAAAAGCACACUGUACACCAAGCUCAGGGAGCAUUAAAUAGUGAUCUUCUUCUGUCUGAAAUGAAAGCAAAAAAUGUGAUGUUAAGAUAAGUGAAAACUGUCAUUUUUGACAUGUGGCUGAAGUGAUCCUGUUAAAAUUUAACAGUUUGUUUUUACAGUAAAUAUCUGCAAUGUGAUUUAUUGAAAGCCUUUUUGAAAUACUUUUACUUUUUGAAGGAUGCAAAUAAUUCACAUAACUGAAAAUAGAAAUAGUGGGUUGUUUUGAUACUAGGAAUUUUUUGUACCGUUACAUUCCUAAUCUUGAUAAAGUGGUUUAUUAAACACAGUUUCAUAAAUAACCCCAGGUAUAACAGAGCAGAUCAGAGCCAUGUGAGCUUCUGAGGGAAAAACACACACACACAAAGAACAAGCAGUAUCAGGAAGUGUAACUUUUGUUCUGUGGUUGAGUAUGUGAAUAUGUGUCUGUGUGUUCUUGUUCAUUGCUGUGAGUUUGCAGCCUGAUGAACACAAAGGGGCAUUAUCAUCCUACACACCCCACCAUCCCUCCUGUGCAUACACACACACACACACACACACACACACACACACACACACACACACAC